UGUUCGUCAGAGAAUACGCUCUUGUGAGGUCAUCGAUCCCCGGGGGCGACACUGGUCCGCCGCUAUAUAAUCCUCCCAGCUCAGUGGAUGAAACCAACGGGCCGAAUCCGAUAACGAGAGAAAGGAAAGGCAAUCACAAUCCGACCAAAAGAACAUGGUGAAGAUUAGUUUCCAGGCCGUUACGGCGCAGAAGCCUGAAAAAGAGAUCGAUGAAGACAAGAUCAUUAUACCACAGGCUCACGGGCAGCUGGUUCUUCCCGUCAGGCACAAAAAGCCUUUUCCAACCGGCCUCUGCUGCCUCACCUUUGGCCUGGUGGUCUUCAUGUCAGGACUGGUGGUGUCCUCCAUCUAUGUCUAUCGCUACUACUUCAUACCUCAGAUCCCAGAAGACAGCUUGUUCCACUGCCGGGUCGUCUACGAGGACUCUGUGUACGCUCCUCUGAGGGGCCGACAUGAACUCGAGGAAAAUGUUGGCAUUUACCUCGACGAUAACUACGAGCAAAUCAGUGUUCCGGUGCCGCACUUUGGAGGCAGUGACCCCGCUGAUAUAAUCCACGACUUUCACAGGGGCCUGACAGCUUAUUAUGACAUCGCUUUGGACAAGUGCUACAUCACAGAGCUGAACACAACCUUGGUGAUGCCUCCGCGAAACCUGUGGGAGCUGCUCGUCAAUGUCAAGAGAGGGACGUACCUUCCCCAGACCUACAUCAUCCAGGAGGAGAUGAUGGUGACAGGGAGGGUGAGGAACAUGAGGCAGCUGGGCCCGUUCAUCCACCGACUCUGCUACGGCAAAGAAACCUACCGCCUCAGACGCCGCAACCUGCACAGACGUAUCGAGAGGCGCGAGACAAAGAGGUGCCACAGCAUUCGUCACUUUGAGAACACUUUUGUGGUUGAGACCGUGAUCUGCGACCGGUUCUGAAUCUGAAAUCAGCCCUCUUGAGUUCAUUAGGCUUUUUACUGCACUUUAAGAGCAAGUCUUUGUCCAACGGUUUUCCUUUUUCUUUUUUGUCUCAAGUUGGAAACGCUCUGCCAUUGUUCGUGUUCACCGUUAUUGUCUUUUUUUAUUCACAGUCUGUAUAUUUGUAAGAUGUUAUACACGUGUUUGGAUAUAUCUGUAGCUUCUCAAGCACUGCAUAAGAUGUUGUUGUCCGUUUGUUACAUUUACAUCAGAUUAAGACUUGAUUUGAAUUUAUUUUGGAAGUAGUGCACUGUGGCUGAUGGUUUGGACAUUUCAAAGCUGCUUGCAUGGUGCACUCGUGUUUAUCUUUGUUACUUGGUCGAAUGGCGAAACAUACCUCAUGUACUUUAGACGUUUCUUUGCUGGUUUGUAUCAUUGACGAUGGGUGUAUAUAACGGUGAUUCUUCCUAAGCAAUAUAUACUGUACAUUGAUUUGUUCUAGAUUCCAUAUUGUUACAUUCAUAGAUUUUUUAUCUGAAAUCGACUUGUUUUGUCUCUUUAUUUCCGUUGGUGUCACACUUUACUACUCCUUGGAUAUAAUGACUUUAGACUGUAAUUAGUAGCAGUGCUUUAGACGGACAGAAGGAACCAAAGUCUGUUAUAAGAGACGCUACGCUUCGCGUUAAGGAUGCAUGAGAUAUUUAGAAAGUGUGCUUUUUGGUUCAGAUCACUUACUGUAGAUGAUAUCAGAGGCUGAAACUUCGUCCUGCUCUUCCUCCUCUUCACUCUUUGUUGUCUUUAGCUCUCGCCAGUUCCGUCCUGUCCUGGCAUCCUAAUCUUUAAAAUGAUGAUUUGUCCAACUUACAGAAAAAAAUGGGGUGUCUUUCUAAAAACGAAUGAAUAAACGUGGAGCAAAUGAGUCUCUGUUGAGAGAAACCUGUGACAUUGGCUCAUAUGUCACUGUCCUGGAUACUUUGUUUCAAUGUACAGUCGAUUUUUCUUGUAAUAUCUUUAAGAAUAAAUAAUCAAACUUUUA